AAUCCCAAUUCUCUUUUAAUUAUACGUUGCAACUUUGUAAAGUUGUCUGCUAGGCAAGGAUUAAAUUAUGAUUAUUACUAUUAUUAAGGUACUAAACAUAUUUAUUUUUUAAGGAGGAAAUAAUUAUGCACAUAAAAUUCUUGACUGCUGCCAUGGAGAAGCCUUACGCUGGUGAGGACAUGAUUGAUGAAGUGCGAAGUAUGCUUCAGGAGCUGCAACAACUCCAUUCAUUGUUGGAUACGAGUAAUUUGGAAGUAGCAAACGCUGAACAACUGUUGAAGAGCUUGCAGUCAAGAAAGCCCAAGCUUGAGGCUUUAUUGAAUCAGUGCGUUGUACCAAUUACAACAGAGAAGGAUUGUGAGGAAAAAGUGUGUGGUGCAGACGAGAAGAUUGAGUCACCGUCUGUCACCAUCAAUUCUGAAAGUAGUAACAAGGUUGCUGAAAAGAAGCAGCCAGAGAAAGGGAAGCACAAGUCGAAGAAAUCUAAAAAGAAAGGAAAAAACAAGAAGUAA